CGGUGGAUAGUGCUUUCUCUUCCAUUCAUUGUCGCGAUUAGCCGGCUUCGUUGAUGAACUAAUUUCGAGUAUGAACUAGACUGUACUGAAAAGCUUGAUUGUAGGAACACUGAGGUGUAGAUUUAUUAUUUUAUUUAUUUCAUGUCGUUUUCGCGCUAGAAGCCUAGAAUUGCUGUGAUGACUUACCAAGGACGGUAUCUGAGCGAGGCAUCUAUCCUCGCAUGAUUAUACCUGAUCUGAGACAAAAUGUCUGAGCAAAUCGUUAUGUUUGUUGUUUGGUAGAAAAUGCUCUCGGGAAAUUUCAUGCUUUCCCUGUCAUUUGUUUGCUGUGAUGACAUCUACAAGGACGGUAUCUGAGUAAGGUGGCUCUUAAAAAGGUGCACCUUCUGUGAUUACAUCCAAUCUGAAUGAGAUUCUGAGCAAACAGGAUGACCAUCCACCACCAGAAUAGUACAUCUUUGCAAGCUGUCCACUAGAGUCAUGGAAUCUACUCCUGGUCAUACCCCUCUUAUACACGGUCUUCCUGAUGAGAUUGCUCUCAUUUGCUUAGCAAGGGUUCCUCGGCGGUUUCAUAAUGUUCUCAGGUGUGUGUCAAAGAGAUGGAGAGAACUGCUAUGCAGUGAAGAAUGGCACAUUUGCCGCAAGAGGAACAACUUGGACGAGUCGUGGAUCUAUGUAAUCUGUGGAGAAACAGGCAUCAAAUGUUAUGUAUUGGCUCCAGAUCCUUCAAGUCGGUCCUUGAGAGUCAUGCAUAUCAUUGAACCCCCAUGCUCAGGGAGGCGAGGUGUUACCAUUGAGGCCUUAGACAAGAGGCUAUUUUUGCUGGGUGGUUGUAGUUGGCUAAAUGAUGCUACGGAUGAAGUUUACUGCUAUGAUGCAUCCUCGAAUCGCUGGAGCACAGCAGCUCCGAUGCCUACACCUAGGUGCUAUUUUGUGUCUGCAUCUCUCAAUGAGAAGCUAUACAUAACUGGUGGAGUUGGUUUGACAGACAAGUCACCAAAUUCCUGGGACAUCUAUGACUGGGCCACCGAUUCCUGGUGCGCACACAAGAACCCAAUGCUCACCCCGGACAUAGUAAAGUUUGUUGCAUUGGAUGAGAAGCUGGUGACCAUUCACCAGGCUGCCUGGAAUAGAAUGUACUUUGCUGGCAUAUAUGAUCCGCUGGACCGCACCUGGAGGGGCACAGAAAACGAGAUUGCGCGCUGUUUCUCCAGCCCAACAGUUGUUGUGGAUGGGACACUGUACAUGCUAGAGCAGAAGCUUGGCACGACGCUGAUGAUGUGGCAGAAGGACACCAAGGAGUGGGUCAUGCUUGGCAGGCUCUCGGACAAGGUUACGAGGCCCCCGUGCCAGCUUGUGGCCAUCGGCAGGAAGAUUUACGUGAUUGGAAGAGGGUUGAGCGUAGUAACAGUCGAUAUGGAUACAGCUGCCAGAGUUGAUGGGUUCUUGGUUACCACUUCCACUGGUCCAUUGGUGGAACAAGAUUUGUCUCCCGAUAGAUCCAGGGUUAUCACCAUCUGA